AUGGACUACCAAGGACAACGACUCGCUGAGCUUAUAUUCUACUGGAUCAUCCUUUCAUUUGGAGCAGUAGGGUGGGUUAUUGGAUUCUUUCGACAAGACUUUAUGGUUGUCUUUCAAUUCUGGCUUGUGGGUGUUGCAAUUUCGGUCGUGCUAUGUGUUCCAGACUGGCCAUUCUACAACAGGCAUCCAGUCAAAUGGCUCGAGUCUGUACCAGAUAGACGGGGGCAAAAAUAA